AUGUACAGAGCUCCUAAAGUCGUUAACCGAAUUAUUGACAGACAAGUCCGACUUGAUAAAGAUCGAAAGCACUUUGAAGCGCUCCGAGAUCUCAAGCCGGCCAUUGAUAUUUCCAGGCCUCCGCUCAAUCCAAGAUUGGUUGUUUAUGAAAAGAGGCAAGCUAUUUACAGGCAGAACCUUAUGUAUGAGGAAGCCAUGAAAUACAGAGAACUCGCAGAAAUAGAGAGAAAUAGAGGAAAAACACCCCAUCAACCGAAAACAGAUUUUCAGACAUUCUUAAACUCUCUUAAACAAUCCAACCGUGCGAAGACUACAUUGCAAAAGAUAAAUUACAAGCAAGAUAAGAAUAACACCCGGAAUGAUGAUCUUGUUAAUGAAGAAACAGAAACAAAGCAAGAGAAGGUUGUAGAUGAUAAUGGAAUGAAGGUUGUUGAUAAAAACCCUGAAACAAACGUCAAACUUAACACUAUUCGUCCAAUUCUUAGGAAUUCAACUUUCCAGACUACACCUUCUCCAGAGCCAACUGAUUUGAAUAAUGAAUCGACCUACUAA